AUGACCUCCCCAUCGACUCCGUUUCCCAUUGAAAACAUUCCCUUUGGGGUCAUUUCAACUCGCGAGAAUCCCACUCUUCGGUGCGCGACAGCACUCCAUGACGAUGCGAUCGACCUCGACGCUCUAGAAAAAGAUGGGUUUUUUGACUCUAUACCGGGCUUUGAGAAAGGAGCGAUCUUCUCGCAGUGCUCUGAAAUUCUUGGUAUACCAGGUUCGCCGAACUGGCAUGUUAUCCCAAGUGUCUAUAAUGGUCGUACUUCCAGUCUCAAUGUUGACACUACCCUGACUCGUCCGCAUGGUGUUAUCAAAGACGAAACUGGGAGUGUAUCGUUCAAGCCUACCAAGAGACUGGACUUUGAACUCGAAAUGGGAGUUUUCAUCUCCCACCCUUUGGAGCGUGGCCAGAUUCUUGAUAUCCAAGCUGUGAGAGAUCACAUAUUUGGGUUUGUGAUCUUGAACGACUGGUCAGCGCGUGACAUACAAGGCUUCGAGAUGGCACCCCUCGGCCCAUUUCACAGUAAAGGGUUUAGCACAACCAUCUCGCCGUGGAUUAUCACUAUGGAUGCACUUGAAUCGGUCCAGAGUUCGGUCAUGGUUCACCAGGAUCCAGCUCCCUUGCCGCAUCUAACAUGGAAAGGCAAUCAAAAUGAGGCGACUUUUGACAUUGAUCUAAGUGCCCGUAUUAUUCGGAAUGGUAAUACUUAUAACGUCACUUCGACAAAUCUGAACGAGCUGUACUGGACUCCGUAUCAACAGGCGACUCACCUUACAAGCGCAGGUGAGGGUCUCAGUACUGGUGACAUCUUCGGAACGGGAACUAUCUCGAGUGCGCGUACAGACUCCAAUGGGGAGAAAACGGGCUUGGCAUGUCUUGUAGAGCGAUCGCUUCCAACGACUGUGCUGUCGGCUUUGAAAGAGAAUCAAGUUGUGUUCUUGGAAGAUGGCGAUGAGCUCAUAAUGGAAGGAUGGUGUGUCAACAAGAAAAAUGGGGCGAGGUUUGGCUUUGGUCAAUGCCGGGGCACUGUUACCCCAGCUGUCAAAUUGAGACAUUAA